AUAAGGGCAUUUCCCGUAAUUAAGAGAAGAUACGUGCCCUUUGUUUAUUCGUCACGUCGUUUCCUUUUUCCGACCAAAAAAAAAAAGAGCUUUGCCCUUUUUGGUCUUUUGCCGCGUCUCCGUCCGAUCUCGGUUUUGUUCUUGCUUGAUUCGAUCACUAAAUUCGUUGUGGAUUCUUGUAAUUGAAUACCAGCUUUCAUCAGAUCUUUUUUUUCUGCACCGAUCGAUUCCGAUUUUCGCUUGUAUCGGUUGUCUUAUCCAAUCUUAGGGUUUCGUUGUGGAAUAUUCUCGAUCUGUCUUUACCAUGCCGGAUCUGAGAAACUCCUUUCAUUUAUGUUCGAUUUGAGUUAUGGAUGUCUCUCAUAUCUUUGUAUCGUUUCCGUUUUUGUAAAUUACUUGCAUCGCUUCGGACUUUCACGACUUAUAGAUAUAGAUCCGUUGAUAGUUUGUUCGGAUUAUAAGAUCCCACACUGCGUAGUCUGAUUAACCAUAAUCGUGUAUUUUUUUCAAACAAUAAGGGUUGAUUCCUUUUUCUUGAUUUCCUUCGUGCCGUAAUAUUUAGAUCUAGGGUUAGGGUUUUCUGAAAUUGGGACUUCUACCUGUUUGAAUAAAUUUCCUUGGGGAAAGUUGAAUUUCUGUCUGAAAUUAGGGUUAACUUGCCUGACUACUCCGAACUAAAGCCAUUAUUGUCGGCUUCACGGUUAGCGAUAAAGUUCUACGGGGGACUGGAUAAAGGUAAACAUGGUUCAGAAACGCCCUUUUGAUGCUGAGGAAAUGCUUGAGGUUCCUUUUAAACACCCAAAACAAGCUGGACCCAGCAAUCAGCUUGUAUCAUUUUCAGAAUCGGUAUUUCCUGAGAAUUCUUCCCAGCAUCUUGAAACAUCAGAGUCUGGAUGCAGACAAGUUAACAAUGAAGGUGAUGAGAAGCUUGCUAGUGAUAUUUUUGUUGAACAUCCUGGAGGUGCUGGGGACAUUGAAACAAGCUUUCCAGGAAGUAUCUCUGUUUCUUCUUGGGCUCCUAGUACCAGUGAAGAUGUCCGGUCAGAUAUUCCUGUCCAUUUCUCUUUUUAUCCUGAGUAUUUUAGUCCAGAACGUCCGGUGAGGGCAUUAACACGCUAUGAGGACAUCUAUUCCAUACUCCUUGAACACCCUCCGCGCAAACUUGUCCCCAUUGGAGCUGAUCAUCAAGCUGAUGUUCCAGCAUGGGUCGUACCAGGUUCCACUAGUGGACUGGAUACCUCUUCAAGUUCCAUCUCUGUUGUUGGGGAUAAAUCUGAGGAAAGGUGGGCGGGAACAUGUAUAAUCCCUAUGCCUAAUAUGGAAUUAUCUACCUGUGAUAGUAAAGUUGGAAGGGGCAGAACUGAUUGUAGUUGUGAAGAUAGGGGAUCUGUGAGAUGUGUAAGACAGCAUAUUGUAGAAGCAAGAGAGGAACUUGCAAAAACAAUUGAACUAGCUAGAUUUGCUGAUUUGGGCCUGUGUGACGUGGGAGAGCAAGUGGCUGAAAAAUGGAAUGCAGAAGAUGAACAACUCUUUCACGAGGUUGUCUUCAAUUAUCCGGCUUCCCUGGGCAAGAAUUUCUGGAACACUUUCCCAAUUGCAUUUCCUUCACGAUCUAGAAGGGAGAUAGUGAGCUACUACUUUAACGUGUUCAUGCUUCGAAAGCGGGCAGAGCAGAACAGAAAUGACCAUUUGAAUGUCGACAGUGAUAAUGAUGAAUGGCAAGGUAGUGAUGACAAUGAAAUUGCGACUCUAGGGGAAGACGAGGACUCUGUUGCUGAGUCCCCCUUCUAUCAAGAUGAUACUGGUCAUAGUAACUGUCAAGAAAAUGAUCUGCAAGAUUAUGAUGAGUAUGCUCAAGAUGAAACCUGUGAUACUAGUGGAGUUGUAGACUUUACCAAGAGAGACAUUAGCGAUGAUUUAAAAUAUGAUCCUGAAGAGAUGCCGCGGUCCAACAGUUCCCCGCAGCAUGUUCAGUCUCAGGAUAAAAUCAUUUGUCAAGAGAGGUGUGAGGAAGAAGUACUGGAUGGAUCAUGCACAUCCUCGGAACUGGGAGUUAGUUCACAGGAGAUCAAGGGGAAGACUGAGAAUGAUGAUCUUUGCCCUGAUAACCUCAACGGUAUAAACCGUGGCUUUAGCCCAGGAUAUGUUACGGAAUCUUGUGACACAAAAGCCUGGGAUUCUGGUUUUAUGUCUUGCGCAAAAGAUAAAAUUGAUUUCUUACCUACUUGCAGCAUGAUUGAAGAGGUUUUUGGAGAUGGGCUGAGGCAAGAAAUGAGGAGAGUUUGAGCUCAGUAUUGUGCUAGCUUAGACUCUUCCUCAAUCACAAUUUUGGGAAUAAUCGAUGUCCGGGGCCUUUUAUGUUGAGUCAAUCUCAGCUAGCACUCUGGGCUAAGCAUAAUAAGAGUGAUUCCAACUUGUCUUGUGUAUAUUUGACGUGAAAUUGGCAAUGUAACUAUGUAUAAUAUAGUUUUGGCAGAUGAGUUUGGUUAUCGAGUUGGGUCCCAUUUAUGUUGGUUAUCGAGUUCUGUCAACUUUAUUUUUCUCAAGCCCCCUUCGGAAUUAUGAAAUUCCUUGUUUCUUAAUUUUAGCGUAGUAGUGUACACUUAAGGUGGGGAGGAGAAGAUGAUUGGUAAACAAUUGGGGUUGCAGUGUUGCUUUGUACUAUCCAAUCCGUGAAAGAUCAUUCUUACUCCAAUGGCCGCUUUGGCAUUUUA